GGAAGUCGCAUGUGGUAUUUCUAUUUGAACUUCUCGCAUAACAUACAUUUAACACGAUAUUAAAAUUAAUGUCAACCGUCCUGAAACAAUAACUAAUAUCUAGCUAGUUAUUUGGUUCACAUAACAACACAUAUUUCAAAUGGAAUCAGAUAUUUAAUGUUUAACACUAAUAUAUUUAAUCAUAAUCUUGAAGGUACAAACGUUAGAGUGGCUUCUCUUAGGAAUUCAUCAAAUUCUCAACAUUUGUGUGUUGCAACGGUAUUAACACCUCAUUAUGCCGUCACCGCAGCUCAUUGCGUGGAGGAAACUCCUCAGAGCUACAUUCUGCAGUUAAAUAACCAUUGCAUAGAGAGUCAAGAUAUACCUAAAGCUCAAGUUUUAGCGAUUAUCAAACACGACCUUUAUAAUCCGUUUUCUCACGAGCAUGAUAUAGCUGUGUUACGUGUAAAGCUCAAUUUUACUGAUAUGACGUCGCUUAAUGGCACAAUAUUGCCAGACUCCUCGUUCGGUAUAUCAGGAAACUGUAGAAUAUAUGGCUACGGAUACAGAGAUAUAAAACUACAAGAAACAUCAGAAACUUUACACUCCGCUGAUGUUAAACUCGUGUCAUUAGACGAGUGCACUUCAUCACUAGGAUCAGGCCUAGCUCCUUAUGCAUUCAGCGGAAUGUUGUGUGCUAUGGGAGAUGGCGUUGAUGCUUGCCAGGGUGACUCUGGGGGCCCACUCAUAUGUUCUGAAAAGGUUGAAGGCUUAACUAGUUACGGACUCAGUUGCAAUGUUCCUGGAAUGCCCGGAGUGUAUGUCAGCAUUGGAGCACAUCUUAAAUGGUUGCGCAGUAUUAUUUACUGAAGAAAAAUUCGAAUUUUCUAAAUCACAUUAAUUUUCUAAAAUACAUUUUUGCUUUCUAGUAGCAAUUUGCGUUUAAAACGCGUGAUUAAAGUUAUAACACAACGCCCGGCUACGUACAUUACGCAAGUAGUUUUAUUAUUGAUAGUCGACGUUAAAAAGCGAGUCUACGUUUGAAAUAUUCCUCUUAUGUAUUAUUAAGUUGAACUCGAGUUUCAGCGAUCCAGUGUCAAUGGAAUCCAGAAUAAAGGUACUGCAGACUACACGUAGCACUACGAAUAUUGCUGUUAUUUCUACUACAUCAUUAAAUUCUAGAAAUAUCUGUAUGUUCACCAAUAUUAAUAUUUUCUAAGAUUUUCUUAUAAUAAUAAAGGUAUCUAUAAAAAAAAACUACAAGUUUAUUGUAGACGUGUUGUUAUGACUAAGGGAUUAUACUUGCUUUGUAAUCUGUAACUUCCAGUGAAGGCAGAUAAUAUAUUUCCUUAUCAUGUCUGAAGAGCCAAGAUAUUAUAGUUUACAUUACGAUCGCACUGGG